UUUCCAUCUUUAACUGACCUCCACUGACCUCCUCCUUAUUAUUCCAUGUCCCUAUUUGUAUAUCUCAAGCAAUGGGAACCGACCUGUAGAUCUCGUCCCUCUCCACCCUGUAGCCCUCCAUUCCUCCCCGUCUUCUUUUCUGCGUCCCUUUUCUACAUUCCAAUCAGUUGGUUCUCGUCCGUUAACCAGAGUUGGGUGUUUUUGGCAUUGUUAUCCCUCAUUUGUAACAAUCGCCCUUGUUAGUUUUUUAAGAGGUAUUCUCUGAGGUAUCAUCCUUCGAGUUUCUUUGUCCCCCUCCUUAUCCGCCUGGGGCAGGCCCAUCACUAGAUUUCACACGAUUUAAAUAUCGGCCUUGACGCCCACAUCCGACCAAGGUACUUCACCGACGCUCAACUUUGGUUGAGUCUAAGUCACUUAACAUUCUCGUUCACGAUUGGACCCAGCUUCCUUUCGUCAAAUUUCAUUCUACAGCUGGCUGUUUACUUCCUUUCACUCAUCCCUUUAGAGGUAUCGGGUUGACCUCGUCUACCUCAUACAGUGUUGGAUCUCACCAACGUUCGAACUAACCAUUCCUUACAUAUACGGGUUGUUUGGGUUGAAUAGGUCAUGGCCGCACAAGCAGCAGCGCAAGCUCCUGGCCAGGGACAGGCUGCAGGAUGGACGCCUGCGAUGGAAAAUGAGUCUCUGUCAAACUAUCUACUGAUUAUCUGCGGUGCCGUCUCAGCCGCCCUCAUAAUAUGGCGUGUUACGACUGCACUGAUCACAUAUGUCCGAACUGUAACAAGUCUGAACAGCGAGACACAACGAUACUAUGUGGGAACGUCGUCAGAGUGGGCUUGGAUCAAGAAGAAUCUCCUGUACUCCCCCAUAUUCAGAAAGCGACACAAUCGGGAAUUUCAGUUGAGCAGUGCGAUCAACGUCGGAACACUACCUACGCGAUUCCAAUUUUUAUUCCUCCUCGGGUACUUUGCCACCAACAUCGCCUUCUGCGUCGUGCACAUCCCCUUCGAGAGCUUUCAGGACGCUGCGAAGCAACUUAGGAACCGAAGUGGAACUCUAGCAGUUGUCAACAUGAUCCCGCUAUUUCUCAUGGCAGGUAGAAACAACCCCCUCAUCACUCUACUCGGUAUGUCCUUUGAUACGUUCAACCUGCUCCAUCGAUGGUUUGGUCGUAUUGUGGCGUUGGAGGCAGUCUGCCACACAUUUGCCUUCUGGGCUGCUUCAGCAGCUGGAGCUGGAUGGGCCGCCACCCUGCAGAAUACCGUGUCAAAGCCAUUCUUGAUGUUUGGUUUCAUUGCCACUAUCGCCUUCGUCGUGAUCCUCUUCCAAGCCUCGAGCAUUUCCAGACACGCCUACUACGAGUUUUUCAAGUUAUUGCAUAUUGGUCUCGCUGCGCUUGCGAUUGCCGGCGUGUGGUAUCACCUCAAGUUAGAUGACCUCCCUCAGAUCAAAUGGCUGGUUCCGGUCAUUGGUAUUUGGUGUGGUGAUAGAUUCAAUCGUUUUUUGCGAAUCGCAUACCGCAACUUCGGCAAAGGAGGAACCAGCACUCUUGUGGAGGCGCUCCCUGGCAAUGCUGUUCGUGUAACGGUGAACAUGGCGCGACCUUGGACUUUCCGUCCCGGUCAGCAUGCCUACUUGUAUAUGCCAGCUAUCAGCUUCUGGCAAUCUCACCCGUUCUCCCUCGCAUGGAGCGAAGAGGCCGAAGAUCUCAGCACGGACAAGCUGGCCAUGAACCGACAAGAUGUGCUCGCUAUGCAAAAGACUAGCAUGUCUUUCAUCAUUCGAGGACGAACCGGAAUGACCCACACUUUAUACCAGAGAGCCGCAGCAAAGCCUGACGGCCGGCUUCUAACAACAUGCUUCGUCGAAGGUCCAUAUGGUGGCGAGCAUACGAUGCACUCCUAUGGAACCGUGAUGCUUUUCGCAGGUGGCGUAGGUGUCACUCACGCAGUCCCUCACGUUCGGGAUCUAGUCGCAGGAUUCGCGAAUGGAACAGUGGCUACGCGAAAGGUGAUCUUGGUGUGGAUUAUUCAGAGCCCCGAGCAUCUCGAAUGGAUUCGACCUUGGAUGACCGAGAUUCUGGCUAUGGACAGACGCCGUGACGUGCUGCGCAUCAUGCUGUUCGUCAGCAGACCCCGCUCUACGAAGGAAAUUCACAGCCCAUCGUCAACCGUCCAAAUGUUCCCUGGCAGACCUAACAUCGAAACCCUCAUUGGCAUGGAGGCCGAGCAACAAGUUGGAACCAUGGGCGUGUCAGUCUGCGGGCCUGGUGCCCUCAGCGACGAAGUCCGACAGGCUGUGCGUCGCCGACAAUAUGACACAUCCAUCGACUUCAUCGAGGAAGCCUUCUCUUGGUAGAUGUCAGUCCUUACUGAACCUCAGAGCACACACACACAUACACCCAUCAAAGGCUGCUCAGAUUAACAUGGGCCCAUAUCAGGGGACCAACGUCAUUUUGUAGCGUAAAGCUACUCGGUUCGAUUGUGCAUAUUUCCCUCUCCUUUCUGCGACCGUCGUCACAGCUUCUUGUAGAUAGUUCCCUCAUUGAUAGAUGCGUCGGCCUGUUGCCAUCAGAUAGCCAUGUCCGGAUACGUCGAGAAUAUAUGAUUUGAUUUUCCAAAUGUCUGAUAUGGCCCCUUGUGCAGUGAAUAUUGUCAUGUGACUCUUUGUGCACCAACAAAGGAUUACGUCUCUUAGCCUGUAGCAUAUUAGUAAUGCCUGUGUCUUAAGUGACCAAGGCCUGAAGUUUGUAAACAGACCACCCAACGAAGUUAAAAGUGAGUAGUCUCAAGGUUCAGAUCAAAACAUCCGAGCUAUCAAACGUAUUCAGUGCCUAGAAUAAUACAUUUAGUUAUACAGACAUGUAUAUCUAACAAGCUACAUAUGAAGUAAUUAUCGGCAAGGCAGCCAUACAUAUGAAUCAGCCUCCUAUUGACCCGUACUUACCUACCAUUUGUGCAUAGGUGACUACCUGUUUUGAGGUAUCGGAG